AUGGCUCCUCGAUUCCGAAUCCUUCAAAUUCAGAGCCGCUCCGACUCUGACACUCAGCGUGGUUUUGGAAACAAAGCGGACAAUAAAGCCAACAAAGCCGGCAACUUGGGCAACCAAAAGGGUAGGGUGCUUCAGCCAAGGAAAUCAAUUCCAAAACAGUCCAGUACAUUACCCAGACAGGCAUCUGCUCUGGGUUUACGUUACGAUGAAAAUUCGUACAACAAAUCUUUGGACCUUCAAUUUGAAAAACGACUAGAAGCAGUUAAAAGAUCAGCACUUGAGAAGAAAAAGGUAGACAAUAAAAAAGAAUUUGGAGCAAUUGACUACGAUGCACCAGUUGAAUCGGAAGAUAAAACAAUUGGACUUGGUACCAAGAUUGGAAUAGGUGUAGCUGUUUUGACAUUCGGGUUGGUUUUUGCUCUUGGAGACUUUCUUCCCUCUGGAAGUAUCAGUCCUGUUGAGGAUUCUAUGGUGGUAACUAACAAACUAUCUGGAGAAGAGAAAAGUAAUCUUCAGAAUAUGCUCAAAGAAUAUGAGGAUACACUUCGUAGCAACCCAAAAGAUCCAACUGCUCUGAAAGGUGCGGCUGUUACCUUAGCUGAAUUAGGUGAAUAUGCUCGAGCAGCCUCUUUACUUGAAGACUUUGGGAAGGAGUUGGGUGAUUCUGACAUUUUCCACUUGCUUGGAGAAGUAAAAUAUAAACUUAAAGAUUAUGAUGGGAGUAUUGCGGCAUACAAGAGCGCCACAAUGGUAUCCAAAGAUGUCAAUUUUGAGGUUCUGCGUGGUCUUACCAAUGCAUAUCUUGCUGCUAAGAAACCAGAUGAGGCUGUUCAAUUCCUUUUGGACUCCCGUGAACGUCUUAAAAGCAUAAAAUCAGGAAGUAUGGACGAAGGCAACAUGAUGGAAACAAAAUUAUUGAUAGAUCCUAUUCAAGUUGAGUUACUACUUGGAAAAUCAUACUCAGACUGGGGACAUCUUGGUGAUGCUAUAUCUGUUUAUGAUAAACUUAUCACCAACCACCCUGAUGACUUCCGUGGUUACUUAGCUAAGGGAAUUAUUCUGAAGGAAAAUGGUAGAGCUGGAGAUGCUGAGAGGAUGUUCAUCCAAGCUCGAUUCUUUGCUCCAGAGAAUGCCAAGAUGCUUGUAGACCGGUAUGCUAGAUGACAUCGACAUUCUAUUUUCCAUUUAGUUAUAUACACAACGCUCACCAGAAGUUUGGUUCAAAUAAGAUAUAUGUUGUGAAAAGCUGAAUCCUAAAUUGGAGCCUAGAGGAGACAAAGUAUUUAAUACACACAAGUAUAACUUGUAAUGAAACAUGCAAGUUUGUAAGUAUUCAUAUGUCUAUCUGUAUAUUUAAUACCAGUAGUUCAAAUUUGAAAACGGUGAGCUCCUGAAGAAAUAUCACUACGGCCUAUCUACCCAACUUCUGUCUAAAUUUGACCCCUGCCUUUAUGCAUGAUUAAUGUAAACCCAUCGUCAUUGUUGAGAAAAUUUAUGAAUUGAAUUUCUACCCA